AUGUUGUAUUCACAUAGGCACACAUACAAACGUAGACACACACAGCAAGCUCAGCAGAGAGAAACCAACAAGGCCAUAAUGGGGGGGGGGGGGGAAAUAGAAAAUUGGCCCAUUGUCUGCAAGCAACCACCCAGUCACGUAGCAUGCAACAUUUCUUAUGUCGGUCCUAGACACGCACUUUUUUUCCGACUUCUAUUAUGUCUGCACAAACCCUCACCCAAUAUGCACCUUGACCUCCAGUUGUCUCACAUUCGCAGAUCGUAUUGUAACAUCGUCUAUCUUACACCUACAUCUAAGCCUCUCCCCUCCAACCUUGUCCUGCUGGGUACCACCACCCAAUUCGUUGCUCCCCUGAGCGUUUUUUCUCAUGCAAAAUUUGUUCCUCCAGCGACUCGGAAAUAUUCCCCCCUACCGCAAUGUUGCUAUAUUUUUAUGCGCCUAGUUUUAACGUAG